UAUCCUCUCCCAGCGUGUGCUAGGCCUUGCUACAGAGCGUAACCCGGUGUCCGGUGUUUUGGAUUGUAUAGAAGGGCAACUUCAGUUUUUUGCUGGACCAUUCAAGACAUGAGAGGUGCACAGGGCCGAGAGGGGAGGGUUUCAUCGAGAGUGCGCUCCAACAUUCUUUUACGCCCGGCUGCAGCUGGAUUUUGGGCAAUUAUGCUUCUUGUGAUACCAGGAGAGAAACCCUUUGGCUGCGCAAGUACAGCAGGGCAGACUUCUGGCAAAGAAGGUGAGUACGACAGUGGCUACGACGUGAGCAGGCGGAACAUGAUCAAGGCGAUUGCUGAUCUCUACAAGGAGGAAAUGAGAAGACAGGAAGAUAUGAGCAUGGAAGAUGCCAUACUGUGCGAUAACGGUCCCAAGGAGAUAUCGAUAUUCUUCCACGAAAACCCAGAAGUGAAGAUCGUGGACCUAGCUCAAGAUCAUCGGAACAACAACGAUUGUCUCGUCCUUAACAUCAACUCUCCGGAUGUUUCGAGUAAGGUGGUGCUCAAGUGCGACGGGAGCAUUAGUGGGGAUGAUUUUGGAUGGGGAGAAGAUUGGUGAUGCAAGUAGAGUAGAGAGGAUAAAACAAGCCUCAGCUGAUUAGAAAUGGAACAAAAGCCUCACUGAAUCGGGUCCUCGUUGUCUCGCUUUCAAGCAAAGAAGCACCCACCCGCCUCGGUGAACCCCGGGGGAUAGAAACGCCUUACAGGCCAAGCAACACAACCAGGAGCUCUAUUGGCCCGGCCGCACCAGCAACCACCAGUGGCAGAGGA